CGUCCUUUGGCCACCAGGGGACAUAAGCUUGACUGCGGACAGAGCAGGAACAGCAGAUAGCAGAUAGCUUCGAGCUAACGCUAGCUAUCAGAACAUCAUUAACUCCCCCGUCCGGGGCUUUAAUUAGACUUUAGUUCGGUAGCUCGUCCAGGGGCCGGCUUCUUUGGUCAAACAUGCAGAAAUAUGAAAAGCUUGAAAAAAUCGGAGAGGGCACGUACGGGACCGUUUUCAAAGCGAAAAACAGAGAAACCCACGAAAUCGUGGCUCUGAAGAGGGUGAGGCUGGACGACGACGACGAGGGGGUGCCCAGCUCUGCUCUGAGAGAAAUCUGCCUGCUGAAGGAACUCAAGCAUAAAAACAUAGUCAGGCUACACGAUGUUUUGCACAGUGACAAGAAGUUAACCUUGGUUUUUGAAUAUUGUGACCAGGAUUUGAAGAAGUAUUUUGACAGCUGCAACGGGGAUCUGGACCCUGAAACUGUGAAGUCGUUCAUGUACCAGCUGCUGAAAGGCCUUGCUUUCUGUCACAGUCGAAAUGUUCUUCACAGAGAUCUGAAGCCGCAGAAUCUUCUCAUCAACAGGAAUGGGGAGCUGAAGCUGGCUGACUUUGGGUUGGCCCGGGCCUUUGGCAUUCCUGUGAGGUGUUACUCAGCAGAGGUGGUGACCUUGUGGUACCGGCCUCCAGAUGUGCUGUUCGGUGCUAAACUGUAUUCUACCUCAAUCGACAUGUGGUCUGCUGGAUGCAUAUUUGCAGAGCUGGCUAACGCUGGAAGGCCUUUAUUCCCCGGUAACGAUGUGGACGACCAGUUGAAAAGAAUCUUCAGAUUGUUGGGAACGCCAACUGAAGAACAGUGGCAGACGAUGACCAAACUCCCCGAUUACAAGCCAUAUCCCAUGUAUCCAGCCACCACCUCGCUGGUGAACGUGGUCCCCAAACUAAGUAGCACAGGACGGGAUCUACUCCAGAACCUGUUGAAAUGUAACCCUGUCCAGAGGAUCUCUGCGGAGGAGGCCUUGCAGCACCCGUACUUUGCCGAUUUCUGCCCACCCUAAAUGCUACAUUUGCCUCUCAGUGAACUUCAGCCGCCAGAAUCAAAUCAUCCUUCACUCUGCUGGUUUCAUUCAGAUCAGUCCCCCACCGAGGCAAAAAAGUCCCUCACCGGUUUUCAAACACACUCCCCCCCUGCGAGUCGUUCUGUCGUGCCUCUGUGUGGAACAAAGUCCUCGCGGCUCUGCAAAGGUUUGAUGUUGUUGUAAGUUUGUCGAGCCAGUUUAAUUUCGUACUUUGCACACCUCCCAGUAAAUUAGCACUAAUGUGGGAGGGUGCACUUUGUGUCGCGUUGAAUAAAUUUUACACCUGCAGAAUUUUUUUCUUUAUAAACAAUGAGCCUCUGUUAUCCAAGAGAAGGAAAUUUGGCGUGUGACUUUUUAAAUAGUUGACCGUGAAUGAACAAAAGGCCCUUUGAGUCUGUGGUGAUCUGAAUCUAAAAUUCAAAGUGCCAGUGUUGUCGUCUGCAGCAGUUCCCCAAACAAACCUUUUGAUCAAUAAUGGUUCUGUUUCCCAUUUUAAUGUGCAGAGCAGUUUGGCCAGUGUGGUGUGUUAACAUUGGUGAUGACUGAAGCCUAAUGGGUAGUGGGAUUGUCAAGGCUAAUACCAAUAUUGAUAUUUUAAGAGCAAAAAAAAAGUAUCACAAAAAAAUAACCAAUCCUCAUCAAAAAUGUUUAAGUUUGAUAUUUAAAGAAUUUUGACCACAUACAGUACAUUUACAUUGGGCCAGAUAUUCUUAUUUUUUUUAAGUGCAAGUUAGAAAGACUAUAAUUUAAUACUUGGCAUUUCACAAUAGUAAGUUUUAUUGGCUGUCAUAUUCACUAUUACAGUUGUAUCCAUCAUCAAAUUGGCUCUAUUGGAGACCACAGAUUCCUCGGGCAGCUCAUGCUAACAAGUCGCUAUUUAAGAUAAGUCAUGUUAAAUAGAUGAGGCCGUUUAAGAAUCACAAGCAGCUGAUUUUCUUUCUUUUUUCAUGUUUUGAAAAUAGUUAAGGUUCAAGCCAAUGUUUCCCCUCUUUUUAUGCUUGUGUGUCAUUUUUUUACAGGUCUGUUUAAUUUGCCAUUAUUUCCUCAGAAGUUUCCUGGUUAGGUUCAUGUCAUUUGGUGCUAAUGACUGAGGAAAUAUUGUUGGAAUUUCUUUUAAAAUAACUGCUCCAUUUAAACUAGAGUACAUAUUAAUCUAUUAUCCACUUAUUACUGGAAAAGCUUUUUCUAUCUGUGAUCUAAAAUGUAUUUUUAGCUGCACACAGAAUUCACAAACUGUUAAUCGGGAUUAAUUUAUUGGAACUGUAUUAAUUGACACUCUCCUUCUAUUUAGGGCCAAAUUAUGUACAUCUGUCCUGGAAACAUCCUAGGAAAUGACAAAUGUGUUACUGUUAUUUAAUUUUUUAUAUAUAUUAACUUAAGAGCUGAACACACUUCACACUUCUAUUUCUACAUCGCAAUGUCCCACUAACUAUUACAAGAUUGUAUAAUAGCAUGGGAAGCUAAUUUAUAAUUUUUCUUUUUAUUUCCCAUUUUGUAUUUUGUCUUUUGUGCACUUUUUAAAUGACGGUUUUAUUUUAAACCGUUCAGUCAUCAAUAUUGUUAAAUAUGUUGAACACUGACAGCCAGGAUUAUAGCCGGAUAUAUAUAUAUGUUAAUGACUAGUGGACCAUUUGUGACACACUUCUAUUUUUUGACUGAUAUAUCAUCUUUAUCAUUAUGAUAAUGUCUUUUAGCUUUUCUAAACUGCUUUUGUAUUAGUGAAAUUAGAGAUGUUAAAAAAAAGGCAGGUCAUCUCAUGAUAAUCUGUAUUUUCAUAUGAUUUUGGUUACUCAUUAUGUUAACAUGGUCAACAGCGUGCAGUGUUAUGUUACUUCAGAUUAUUACAGUGCUACUUGUCCCAUAAAGUACAACAUGAUGAGCUGUGUUUGAAGUAACUGUCCUAAUAGGGAUUUAUUUUCAUUUUGCUGACGUAAGACAAGGUAAUGGAUGCAUGUAUUUAUUAAUGAUGGGAAUGUCUGCUUCUUUUUUUUAAACAUUUGUUUAAACGUAGCACAAGUUCAUUUGGUACAGAAACUCCUUCCGAAUGAUUUAAACAAUACUUCUGUAGUGUGUAGCGGCCGCUUUCGGAUUUCAAAUGUUGAAGGCUGUGUGUGGAUUAAGUUAAAAUCAAAAUACACAAAAAGAAACUGCUGUCAUUAUUUCAUUAUCUCGUGAUGACGGGACAUUUCAAACUUGGAUAAUUUAAAUUCUAAAUGAAAAGUGGAGAUUGCACUUUGCUAGUGUAUUUGCUUUUUAGGUAGAACUUGGGAUGAAUAUUGUCACUUGCUCGUUUUUUUGUGUGUAUUUCAGCCAAUUCUUGAAGGUGUUCAGUAAAGUCGACAUAAAUACGU